GAACACUAUACAGCUCUUCACUAUAUCCAUUUUUUACCAAAAGCAAAAAUUACAGUUCUGAGUACAAAAUAAAAAUAAGUGUAUAAUAAUUAUCGCAGGAGACAAUUCAAACACGUACUUACGUAGAACAAGUAGACGUUUACAUACUUACAGACAACCAUGGGAAGUAGUGACUAUUGCUGGUGCAGAUGGACUAGCGUGAUGCGCAAGACAAGAAAAAGAGUAAUCUAUUUUUUACUUCUCGUUUUCUGCACCGUAAUCAUAGGUCAAGAGAUUGAUACAGAUGAACCGCAGUGUCUUUUAGUGGGUCAUCAUGCGGAUAUUCCUGGGAAAGAUUGUCCCGGCAUGACGCGGGUUGGUAUAAAUGUUUGCAGUGGAUACUGCUGGAGUGGCUCCUUCCCUACGCCUCUCAAAAUACGUUCAAAUAAGUAUCCAAGACCAAUAACAAUGUCAAGAGCUUCAUGCUGUAGUAUAAAAGACUAUGAGAAUUUUACAACCACCAUUCAGUGUGGGACGCAUACACAAAAAGUCACCGUGCCUUCGGCAACAUCGUGCUGGUGCCAUGAUUGCAUAAAUAGUUAGUUCGUCAAUCACCAUUAAUAUAAUUUUUAAUUGUCUAAAAUUUUCAAAAAUUCUUAACUAAUUUCCAAAUUUCCUUUACACUGUUUUUGCUUUUCCUAUUUUUAGUACAGCUUUAGUUCUGUAAUAAUAAAUAUUAUCAUCAACGUAGAUGAUAUUUGAAGAGGUUGCUAAACAAUAAGAAAAAACAUUUUGUUAACAUGUAUAACUACUUAUUGCCAUCAUACUCAUUAAAAACAUUACUGUAGUUUACGAAAUAUGUAUUGAAAUUAGUUGAUAAAGUGUUUGAAUUGUUACAUAAUUCCAUCGUCGAUCCUUUCAUGUGUAGAGAGGCUUUGAACUUGUAAUAAAAGAUCAGAAAUAUAAAUAUAUAUUCUGAUAACUAAC